AUGCAGAAGUGCGGACUGUGGGCUGUGGCCUUCCUGGCCCUCCUGUCUGCAAGGGCCUUUCCACACACCGACAUCAGUAUUCACUCAGCCCUGUCGGAGGGGCCCCAGAUGUCUUUGAUGUGCCCCCUGUUCUGGACAGAAUUCAAAGGUCACUGCUACAGAUUCUUCCCCAUCAACAGGACCUGGGCGGAGGCCGACCUGCACUGCUCUCAGUUCACUGUGGGUAGGAAAUCUGCCAAGCUGGCCUCCAUUCACAGCUGGGAAGAGAACGUCUUUGUGUAUGACCUGGUGAACAGCUGUGCUCCUGACAUCCCAGCUGACAUCUGGACAGGCCUUCAUGACCACAGGCAGGAAGGGCAGUUUGAAUGGACAGAUGGCUCUCCUUAUGACUACAGUUACUGGGACAGGAGCCAGCCUGGUGAUGGCAUCCAUACAGACCCAGAAGAAGACUGUGUGCAGAUGUGGUACCGGCCCAGCAGCGCACUGAGGUCCUGGAAUGAUAACACCUGCUACAGGAAGUUCCCCUUUGUCUGCAAGAUCCCAUCUCUGAGCAUUCACUGA